AUGGCUGCUCUGCCAGAGGCGCCUUUGCACACCAGUCAGACGUCUUUUUCGGCAGCAUCAAGACGCGAAGCGCAAACCGCAGGUGGCGACAGCGACGUCCGGCUCCCUUACGGCUUCGGCAAGUUCCAGUUGCUGAUAAUGUUGGGCACAAUCGUCGCCGGCGCCACUUUUACGCUUCACGACGAGAGCUUCCGACUGACUGCGGGCGUCAUGGACCACUGGUGCCAACGACCCUUCAAGUUCGCCAACCUCAGCGUCGCCGAAUGGAAGCAGCUCGCCAUCCCGCUAGACGUAGACGGCGAGUACAGCCACUGCACUGUGCGCGAACCGCCGAACGGAGGACGCGCUGCUCGCAUCGUCUCCUGCACGGCUUGGGAGUACGACUUGGGCACGCUCGCCUACUCGGCCAGCUGCAUGGCAUCCCUGUGCUUGUUCGGCGUGGCGGCUGAUCGCGUCGGCCGCAGGGUGGUCGUCUUCGUGGCCGUGCCCGUGGUGCUCGUCGCCGGAGUGGGCGGAGGCCUGCCCAGGGACCUGCACUUCUUCGUGGCGGUGCGCUGCCUCGUCUCUGCGGCUGCGAGUGCCCUGCUGCCACCGUUGCUGGCGCUGACGUACGAGGUGUCGCCGACGAGCAAGAUUCCCGCCUACACCGUCGCGACAUGGGUUGUCACUCUGCUCAUGGUACCUCCGACGCUAGUGGUGACCCAGGCCGUCAAGGGUGGCUGGGCUGUCACCCAGCUCCUGGUCAUGCUGCCGACAUCCCUCUUGGUAACCCUGUACUACACCAUAGACGAGUCGCCUGCCUGGCUUCUGGUCAACGGGAGAGUCGAGGAAGCCGAGCGCGUUGCGGCGCGCGCGGCAAGGCUGAACGGGUUGCCAACGGGAAGCGGCGAUCUUUUCGCCUCGCAGCGGUACUUGCACGCUCGAGAGGCAGCCCCCAAAGACCCGGCCGGGCCUUUUCUCCUGUGCUCGAAACGUCUGUGGCAGCGCACCAUCCUGUUGACAUUCUGCUGGACGGCUCUGACCUACUGCUACGUCAGCUUCAUCUCCAAUGAAGCCAUCUUCGUCAGCCUGGUAGUGAACUUAAUCGACAUGUUUCUGUCCACCUGCGCUGCCAUCUUCGUCGCUCGAUUCAUUCCUCGCUUCGGCUUCAAACUUUCGGUGGUCACCUCGGCCCUCGUCUCCGCGGCGACGUCAGCAGUUCUGGCCGCUAUUUACACCGACGACGAAACCGUUCUGCGCAACUCGCUGCUGCUGGUCAUGCGAAUGGCGGGAAACGUGUCGCUCAUGUUUUUCAUCACUCUGGCCGUGAACUGUUACCCUGUUUCCAUCCAUUGCACCGCACUCGGCGCUGGCCUGGCCUUCAGCCGUCUCGGCGACACACUGGCCCAGAUGGUUCCGAGGCUCCUCCGCGGCAGGCACGCCGAAGUGCAUCUUGCCGUUGCGGCCAUCUUGAUGACGUUGUUCGCAGCCGCCACGGAGUUUUUACCCCCAGAGGCAGACUGGAAACUACCUCGUUCCGUCACGCACGUCAAAAGUACCGUGACCACCGAUCACACUGGCGAGGAGCUGAGGCACGAGCUGCAGCAUACUCUGGUACCGCUGCCUAAGAAACGGCUGCACGGGCGCCGCUCAAGCCGACGCGACAAAAAUCAACUCUCACUGGACGAACAACACUCUACACAUAGUAUAAGCCGGUCAACGCUGCGGGACUUCUAG